AGCUUACAGUCUGUCUUUCUUUGUCAGAGGGCUCUCGAGUGCAGUGUGCUUGCUUGUUCUCAUGGCUGGGCUUAACAUAGUGGUAGGCUUUUUCAUAUCUGUGGUUGCACUGUCCCAGCUAAUUCGCUGGAUAACCAAGAAAUAUCUACCUGCCAGGAUUUACAGAUGCACAACCAACGAGCUAGCCAGCUCUUUGCAGCUGUGUGCCUGCUACAUGGAACUCCGCAUGUUAGUGGAGAUUGGAAUGUGGGGUGGAGGUUUUGGUCCUGAUGUGGUCUCUACUCUUCUCUUCCUGCUGUUUUUAGCUCAUGGGUUUACCUUUGAUGGAGCAUCGGCCAACCCUAUGGUAUCCCUACAGGAGUUUCUGCUCCGGGAUUGCCCUUUCAUAGAUACAACAAUUAAACUAUUGGCUCAGUUCGCUGGUAUGGAGGCUGCUAGGUUCCUGAUUAAACAGUAUUGGCUGCUGGAAUUAACGGAUUUCCACACAAUUCAGAUGAUGAUGUCAGAUGAUUGCAGUCCAUCUCUACAAACCUCUCUAGCUCAAGGCAUCUUUGUAGAGGCAAUAUGUGCCUUCUGCUACCAUUUGGUACUUCUCCGUUUCCAAAACUCAAAAGCGGUCUACAAGAUACCAACAGCUGCUCUUACUGUAACUAUAUUGGCCUAUGCAGGUACCUCAUACACAGCGGCUUACUUCAACCCAGUCUUGGCUUACGCCCUGACAUUUCACUGCCCUGGCAAGAGCCUUCAGGAGAACUCUGCAGUCUACUUGGGUGGUUCAUUCAUUGGUAUGAUGGUGGCCCUCUUCCUAUACAAGGGCAAUAUCCCUCGACUCUUCCAGAGGAAUCUACUCUACAGCCAGAAAAGCAAAUUCAGAACCCCAAAAGCGAAGAAUGUUCAGCCUAAAACUUCAAGUAAUAAAUCAUCGCCUGCAAAGAGUUCAAAGAAAAAAUCCAGUGAGGCCAAGCAACAGAAAGUUGAGAAUGUUUCAUUAAAAGACAAAAGCAGCUAAACCUGUUGUAGAAAUGUUGUACUGGAUUCUUUAACCUAUAAACAGAAAAAAAAACAACCCAAAACUUACACCACAGAUGUUCAUUGUUCUAUUGUUUCUUGGGCUUAAAGGAUCACUAAAGGAAUUUUUUUUUUACCUUA